AUGCACAUCAGAUCAAAGGAAGUAUGCGAUGGAAUUGGAAACAAUAGACCCGAUCUGGAACCUACUUGUGGGAGACCAUUAGGUAUAGGGUUCUACCUUCGGACAAAGCAGCUUUUCAUUGCAGAUGCUUACCAAGGCUUCCUUGUGGUUGCUCCUAAUGAAAGGGUUGCAACAAAAAUUGCUAGUGGUGCAGAAGGAGUGCCCUUUAAAUUACCUACCGGUUUGGAUGUUGACCAAUUAACUGGAAAUGUUUACUUCACAGAUGCUAGUUCCCAGUAUUCACUAAGCGAAAUCCAAGAGGCAAUUGACACUGGUGAUGCUACGGGAAGAUUGUUAAAAUAUGAUAACAACACCCAACAAGUUACAGCUUUGCUAAGUGGACUUUCAGGAGCCGGAGGAACUUCAAUAAGUUCGGACGGAUCUUUCGUCCUCGUCUCCGAAUUCACCGCAAACCGAAUCAAGAAGUUUUGCUGA